AUGAUUGGGACAGCCCGACCUCGGGCGAUGUACAGCUUAACAGAUUCCACCCCUGCCCGGACAAUUUGGGUCUACCGGAACGGGGAUCCUUUCUACUUGGGGAGGAAAUUUAUAAUCAAUCCUCGAUACGUGCCCACUUUCGAAGCCUUCAUGAUCCAGCUGAAUGAAGGUGUGCCCACACCCUUUGGGGUGCGGAAGCUCUAUACACCCGGACAAGGGCAUACUAUUACAGACCUCCCGGAAUUGCAGCAGGGAGGUAAAUAUGUGGCUGCUGGCAGGGAGAAGUUUAGGAAACUAAAUAUGGUUCAUCUUGUGGUAUGAAAAGGAAACAGGAUGAACAAAUUAAAAUCUAUUCGACCAGUAGUCCAUAGUAAUAUAAAAGUUCCUUCCAAAUGGCAAUCAAUUUAUAAUAAACCAAGAAAUAUUAAUGUUUUCACAAAUGGAGAUCUCUGGAUACCGCCCAUGAAAAUCCUUAUACCUAGAUUUACACUAAAUAAUUGGAAUGGUGUCCUGGCACUUGUAAAUGAAAAAGUAAUUCCUCGCUCUGGGGGUAUUCGUAGAUUAUUUACUUUAAAUGGUCAGCCUAUACAUGGACCUGAUGAAUUAGAAGAUAACCAAUUUUAUGUUGCAUGUGGCAAAGAAAGAUUUCAGCAUUUGCCAUACUGGCAACAUCCUAAGGUUCCAGAAAAUAUUCGUCGGAAUUUUUUGAAUUCACCAGAACCUCCAGAAAAGCCCCCUCUGAAAAAGCCUCCUAUAGAAGCGCCUAAGCAAAGAGAUCGCAUUGUGGCUCCCAUAGAAGUAUCAAGACAAGGAGGAGGAGAUAGGCUCUCCAUUUAUUAUGCCAAAUCUGACAAAGCAAGUCAAGCAAAGCAGGCUCCUAGACCUGUGUCUCCCAAUGAUGAGCAUAGUAUCUAUAUAGCUCAUAAAUCCCCGACAGAAAUUGAAGGGGCUCGUGAGAUUCAAGAAGACAAAGAUGUUAAAGUGGAAAUACCCAUUGAUCAGGACUACUAA